GAUACUUCUUUACCAGUACAGUAUCAUGUACGGCGAGUGCGAGAUGGUCGAUCGUUCUGUACUCGUACGGUUGAAGCAGUGCAAGCUGGAAAAAUCGUGUUUACUAUGCAAGUCUCAUUCCAUGUGCUUGAACCAGAUGCGGCAGUUCAUCAAGACGUGAUGCCAGAUGUUCCAUCAUGGAAAGAGCUGAAAUCCAUGACUGAUCUAAUACCAUGGUUGAUGACCGAAAUCACGGAAGGAAGACUCCAAGUGAAACCAGUAGUUGAACGAAGAUUGAAGUCUUACGACAGUCGUGCCAAUCAGGAUGGUGAACUCUUCGAGAUAAGACCAACAGACAUUGAACGCCAUUUGGGAUUUGGUGAUAACAACCAACAAUCAAGAACAUUUUAUGCGUGGUUUAAAUCCAGAGGAGAUCUCGGAGAUUGCGAAAAACUGCAUAGGUAUUUAGUUGCGUACACGACCGAUGCCACCAUGGCUGGAUCGGCUUAUCGGCCCCAUCAUGUCAACGAUUUUCAUCCAAGUAUGCUGUUCUCACUUGACCACAAUGUCUGGAUGCAUAAGCAUGAAAUGCGGGCUGACCGCUGGAUGUUAUUCGAGAAUACUUCAACUGUAGAGGAAGAGCGUUCACUACGGGAAAGCUGUGGAGCGAAGAUGGAGUACUUUUGUUGA